GGUUACCAAAGCUUGUAUAAAUACAGUCCACAAACAAACGUCCAUCAUUCUCGUUGGUGUCUGAAGGAAAAGUCUUCAUCACGAUGAGGUGCCUUCUCGUCCUCGUUGUCGUCUGCACUGUCGCUUACGCUCAGGGUCCAAGUGGACAUGGUCCAGGUGGAGAGCAUGGUGACCCAGCAAUUCGCCUGGUAGCAGACGAGGUCCACGCUCUCCUUCAAGCCACCCCAUCCCUGACCGUGGCCGAGUGCACAACCAAGUGUGACGCCGUCUUCGCCCUCGAUGCUCCACAGGACGAGACCCUGACUGACCGCGACUGUGCCUUCGAGUGCAGACUCCAAAUUGAAGGUCCACCCUCUGGUCCACCCCCACAUGGCUCUGGUGAGCCCCCACAUGGACCUGGCGACCGUUAAGGUCAUCGAGAGGCGAGAUGGUUUCCUACACCAUGCAGUACUUUACAUGGGCAACUACUAAUUCCGCUUAAUGAAGGAGUGGAAUAUACAAGAAACUGAAUCUGUUUGUUCAAUAAACAUAAACAAAUUU